AUGGCUGUGCUGCAGCUGACAGGAAAUUCUGUGUUCUUAAAUGUCUUUUUCCUUCUUCCAGCUCUCUGCCCUAAUGUCAUCAAUCUGCGGAAUUUGAGAACCCUGAAAUACCUCUUCUACAAGAGAUUUGUGGAGAAAACCAUGACUGAGGAGAACUGGGCAGAUCACGUGCAGAGCACAGUUGGGCAGAACCAAUGCCUCCAGGGACACCUGGUGCAGCUGCUGCUCCGUUACUGCUCCGUGAGCACAGCGGCGCAGUGGGCUCAGCACUACGGAGUGCCCAUGGACAUGCUGCCUCAGGACAUGUAUCAGGAGCUCCAAAACCUACACAUCCAGGAGAGGGUAGAAGAGGUCACAGAAGCAGAUGAUUAUAGAGACAGUAAGAAAGAGGACUAUUACCAGCUUCCUAUUCCACGGGAAAAUAUUCACUUCCUGCAGACAUGGGAAGAGACACUGCAGUGCUGGGACAAGGUGCUGAGGGCUGGGCAGGUGGUUGGUGUGGACAUGGAGUGGAAACCUUCCUUCGGCAUGGUGGGGAAGCCCCGCGUCGCCCUCCUCCAGCUCGCGCUGAGGGACCAGGUGUUCCUGCUGGACCUGCCACGGCUCCUUGAGCAAGCUGAGGCAGAGGGGGAGAUGGAGAAGCUGCAUCACUUCAUCCAGAUGCUCUACUCAGAUGCAGCCAUCACUAAGCUAGGUUAUGGGAUGUCUGGAGACCUCAGCAGCCUUGCAGGCACAUGUUCUGCUCUGAAAGACAUGGAGAAGCAAGCACGAGGUGUGAUAGAUCUACUCACAGUGGACAAACAACUGCAGAGGAGCUGCAGUGACUGGAGGAAGGGCAGCCGGAAGGGCGAUGGACUGUCCCCAGAGCACAGCCACGAGGAGAGUGGGGUCAGGCAGCCAGGGAAGGGGCUGAGCCUCCUGGUGCAGCAUGUGCUGGGGAAACCUCUGGAUAAAACAGAGCAGCUGUCAAACUGGGAGAAACGACCUCUCCGGGAGGAGCAGAUCCUCUAUGCAGCCUCAGAUGCUUACUGUUUGCUGGAGAUCUACGAGAGGCUCUGUAAGGACCCAGAGAGCUUCGGUCUGAGCCCAGACCUGAUGCAGAGUUUGGUGGAAAAACAGAGCAAAAAACUCAAGGCAAAGAAGCAGCUGAAUAAACAAGAAGCACCAUCACCUUCUGGACAGCAAUGCCAAGGACCUAAAGUGGAGCCCUCAGAUCCCCCUGCUCCCAUGUCCCCCAGGGAGUUCAGUGUGGUCUGUGACAACAUGCUGCAAGGCCUGGGACGCUACCUGCGCUGCCUUGGGGUGGAUGUGCGAAUGCUGGACAACGAGGAUGACCACAGGAAAGCUGCUGAGAUUGCCAGACAGGAAGGAAGAGUCAUUUUAACCUCUGGACUCCCAUAUCAGACUCUGCAGUCCCAGGUGGGAGAAGGAAGGUGUUUCUCUGUGAACUGCUCAGAAAAGGCGAAGGAACAGGCCCUGCAGGUCCUGAAGCACUUCAAUGUCCAGGUGGCCCUGACGGAUAUCUUCAGCCGCUGCCAG